ACAACCAAGGAGAGAGGCAAGACUGCAAUUACUCAUUCGGGAAAGAUAACGUGGCUGACUUUGGGUUGCCUACACCUUCGGCCUUCCAUCUUCGAGUCCUCCCUAGUAUUAACUCAUUUGACAUAAAAAACCGGUCGUAUUCCCUUUCCCGCUGAUCGUCACGAGAAAACGCAGAAAAGAUGCAGCAGGGUGCGGACAUUAACCAAAGAAUUGCCCGAAUUUCAGCCCAUCUUUGCCCUUCUAAUUCCCAGAUGCAGCGAAGUUCUGGUCUUGGGAUGGCGAAUUGCAGGGCCAAAGGGGCGUCGCCUGGAUUCAAAGUUGCAAUUCUGGGUGCUGCUGGAGGUAUUGGUCAGCCUCUUGCUAUGCUCAUGAAGAUGAAUCCACUGGUUUCACUUCUGCAUCUCUACGAUGUGGUGAACACACCUGGGGUUACAUCGGAUAUCAGCCACAUGGAUACCGGAGCUGUGGUGCGUGGAUUUUUGGGGCAACAACAGUUGGAGGAUGCUCUAACGGGGAUGGAUCUUGUAAUCAUUCCUGCUGGUGUUCCUAGAAAACCAGGAAUGACAAGAGAUGAUCUUUUCAACAUUAAUGCUGGAAUUGUUAAGACAUUGUGUGAAGGAAUAGCUAAGAGCUGUCCCAAAGCUAUCGUCAAUGUAAUCAGUAACCCUGUAAACUCAACAGUCCCUAUUGCAGCUGAGGUCUUUAAAAAGGCUGGCACUUAUGAUCCCAAAAGGCUUUUGGGAGUGACAAAGCUUGAUGUAGUGAGAGCUAAUACCUUUGUGGCUGAGGUUUUGGGGCUUGAUCCAAGGGAAGUGGAGGUUCCAGUUGUAGGGGGUCAUGCAGGAGUUACAAUCUUACCUCUUUUGUCUCAGGUUAAACCUCCAUGCUCCUUGACCCCUGAGGAAAUUGAGUUUCUGACUUCACGUAUUCAGAAUGGAGGCACUGAAGUUGUUGAGGCAAAAGCUGGUGCAGGAUCUGCAACACUGUCCAUGGCAUAUGCUGCUGUUAAAUUUGCAGAUGCAUGCUUACGAGGGUUGAGAGGAGAUGCUGGAGUUGUUGAAUGUGCCUUUGUGUCGUCUCAGGUGACAGAUCUUCCUUUCUUUGCAUCAAAAGUUCGCCUCAGCCGCAAUGGAGUUGAAGAGAUUUACUCACUCGGUCCCUUGAAUGAAUGUGAAAGGGCUGGGCUGGAAAAGGCAAAAAAAGAGCUAGCUGCAAGUAUUCAAAAGGGCAUACUUUUUCUACAAAAGUGAAUCGGGACAACAAAGCCUGAUCUUUACGACCAUCAGAAAAAGCCAUUGUAUAUCCUUGUAAUAAUACCAGAACAAUGUAUGCGAGCUACCACACAAGAGUGGAGUUUAGAACUUAGUGGUGGUAGCCGGCGAGGCUUAUCUUCGAGUGGCCCAUAGGGCUUCUAGCCGAAGCGACAUCUUGGAACCCCGAUAAUCUAUGAAAGAAAAUGUGGAAAAGUAAAAGCAUGGUUAAAGAAAAUGUGGAAAGUAAUAAAGUUCAAGGAAACAUGUUAACAUAGUCCAAUAAAUUAAUCAAUUCCAAAC